AGGCGCUGCUGCCCGUCCUGCCAGGACACCUUCAGUGCGCAACUCUUCCGCCGGUCCAGACGGUGCCCCGGUGACAUCGAGAGCGGAAGUGACGCAGAUUUCAGUGAUUCCCUCGUGGAGCCGCGACCAUGUUCCUGCAUUACUACCUGAACAGUGACGGCGAGCGAGUUUACACCCUGAAGAAGGUGGACCCCCAGGGUCGAGUGACCACAACAGCCCACCCAGCGCGGUUCUCGCCCGAUGACAAGUACUCCAGGCACAGGGUGACCUUGAAGAAACGCUUCAACAUCCUGCCCACUCAGCAGCCGUCCCCCACCUUCUGACGUGCCAGCCGAUGGCCAGUGGGCCCUAGUGCCCCCCCAUCCUCCAAGCUUUGGCUUCGCCUGUGCAGCGUGCACGAGGAGAGAUGAGGCUUCGCUACUUGUGGGGAGAAGACUGUAAUCGUCGUGUUACGCACUGUCUCACAAUAAAAGUUAGCGUACGGAUGUUCUGUGUGGCUUAUGAUCCG